GUGUGAGGCGGCGUACGGCGGCCCUCAGUGCGAUCAGCUGCUGGACUUUAACAUCCUGUACGUGGUGCCCAGCGGCCAGAAGCUGCACUACGUCCUCAUCGCCGCCAUCAUCGGAGCCGUUCAGAUCGCCGUCAUCGUUGCUGUGGUCAUGUGCUUCACCAGGAGGUGCAACAAGGCGAAGCGCGGGCGGAGACAGAAGCAGCACCUGGGUCACUUCCCGUCAGGAACGUCCUCCAGGAUGAUGUAGCUGCUCCGCUCUCUCUCUCUCUCUCUCUCAUGUUUUUAUGAAAACCCAGAAGUCUAACGUUUUCGUAUCACACAGACUGACUGCAUUUUUGAUAUCUCCACUUUUUGGUGCC